AUGGCGUCAAGUAACGAGACGUUGUUAGAUACGUCGCUCGCGGAUUUAGCAUUCCCGAAAAGCUUACUGGAAGUUUUUGAACAGUGCGGAAUAGGAGUAUUUGAGUUGCUCACAAUCACAGUCGAACAACUACAAACAUAUUUAGAACCGACGGAAACUGCAUGGAAGUAUGACGAUUUGUUUAAUAAUAUCGCAGCCUGGAGACAACGAAAUAAACACAAAAUAUUAAGAGUACUGAAUGCACCAGAAACCGAAAACGCAGAGGAACCGUGUGCAAAUAUCGAUCAAGUUUCUGAGGACAGUAUUGCAUUGAUUGAUUCGAACGAACAAGAAAAUUUCACCGAAAGCUUUACGAACGGGCAACUAAACUUCGCUAGUAUUACUGCGAAAAAGAUUCACACUAUCGUCUCAGAAAAACACGCACUGUCACUACGAUCAACUGAAAGUAAUUCCGUACUAUCUCCCAGUGCACUUGAGGUGCUGCUGAUGAGCACAGAGGAAGGGAAAGAAAUUCUUGAGCGGUCUGAAUUUGGAGAACUGUCUGAAGCAAAGCAGCUGCAUCUUGCUGGUGUCAUUGCUAAGUUUCACUUGAAUCUAAAAAAGAAACUACGAAACGAAGAUCUACAGGCUUAUGCACUGGCCGUAACCACGCUUUUCAAAUUUGAAAGAACGGAAAACUAUUUUAUCGCUAGAGGAGGAGAUCGCCGUAAUCCUGGGGGCAAAAUAGCAAACAAAAUAAGCAAUUUAAAGCAGAAGAAGCGAAAAAGUGACUCCAAAGAAGAAAAUCACUUUAAAAACCUAAAACUAACGCAAACAGUUGAACCCUCCCGUGAGUUUGAUAAGAACGAUGCUACUGAAUGGUUAUUUCUGAAUCACGAACCAUGGUCAACUGUUUUAGAAACAUGGUCAACAAGCUUUGGUUACCGUAAACAAUUUCUUCAGAAAGAAAGAGUCAUUCCCAAACUUCUAGACACAUUCUCACACUACAAAAGCGUUCACGGAUAUCAACUCAUCGACAUUGAUUUUCGUCUUCUGAAUGCCAGCGCAAGCAAUUAUUCUCAAAAAAUAGCAACUGUGAUACCAGCAGUUUUAUCAUUUGCAAUUACAAAAGCGGUGGAUCCAUCAGCUAAUGAACUGGUCAAGGCUUUGACCGAUAGUUUGGCAAGUGAUGAUACAAAACACUGCGCACUGUUGCUUUUAUUGAAUACUGUGUUACCACCUACCUCAGCAGCAUUCCGGUUUAAACCCACUAUUCGUCUUGCUCAAGAGGACACGAUCAUUUUCGCAGCAUCUCUUUCCGAAGCAAGACUGAAAGUACAAAACAUUUACGAAACAUAUAUAGAAAGAAAUUUACCGGUAGUACCAAAACUAAUUGCACUGGGCAGUGACUAUAAAAGUCUUGAAGGACGGUUUUUUGUUCAAUAUAAUGAUAUCUGCUACGAAUUCAAGUCAGCAAGACGAGCCACUGAUGUACUGAUUAAACUAUCAGUAGUAUUUGGUUUACAGUCAUCAAGAAUUUCAAAAUUAGUUUGGAAUUUCAUAAAGCAUUUUGCUUAUGAUAUAAAACAGCGAGAGUCGUAUGCCAGUAUCAAUAAUUUGUUACAUUAUUUAAGUGGUUGUGAGGCAGGAGUAUCAUAUAACAAUGAUUAG